UCAAACCUAGGACAAGCCAACUUAACGACAAACAUUUAAUUUUUUAGUUACUUUCUGCUUUAAAGGAUCGUUCACAACCUUUUUUGGGUCCGGUCUCCUGUGUUGUGUUUGCCUGUUAAGCUGUUUUUCUUUUUCUUUUCUGUAUUUCUUUUUUUUUUGCUCUGGAUCUCUCGUGUCAGAAGAUGUGCGUGGAAAGUGAUGGAUGCGAGAUUGAAGGCUGCAGCAGUUCGGAUGAGGUACACACGCUGUCUGGCAGCAUGACUCCGACUCUAAGAUCCAGCCCAGACAUCCAUCCGUGCAAGCCCGGAGAAAAAGUCCGAGCCGCGCUCUUACGUUGCCGGUCUCCGACUGCAGCUGCAGGGAUUCUCAGUUUUGGAAACGUGCUCAACUAUAUGGAUAGAUAUACCGUGGCAGGGGUUCUUCAGGACAUCCAGAAACACUUUGAUGUGAGUGAUAGCGGUGCUGGCUUGUUGCAAACAGUCUUCAUCUGCAGUUUCAUGGUGGCCGCACCCAUUUUUGGUUACCUUGGAGACCGCUUCAACAGGAAGGUCAUCCUGAGCUGCGGAUUAUUCUUCUGGUCGACUGUUACCCUGCUCAGCUCCUUCAUCUCCCAAGAGCUCUACUGGCUGUUCGUGCUGUCGAGAGGCCUGGUGGGGAUCGGCGAGUCCAGCUAUUCCUCCAUUUCUCCGACCAUCAUCGGGGACCUUUUUACCAACAACACCCGAACCAUCAUGCUCUCGAUUUUCUACCUGGCCAUCCCACUCGGAAGCGGCCUGGGAUACAUCUUGGGAUCGAGCGCUAAAGAUGCCGCAGGGGACUGGCGCUGGGCCCUAAGGGUCUCUCCGGUUCUGGGGAUGACAGCUGGAGCCUUGAUCUUGCUUUUCGUUCCGGAGCCAAAACGAGGGAGUGCUGAUCAGAUCACAGGACGAAUAAGGACUCGAACCUCUUGGCUCUGUGAUAUGAAGGCUCUCGCCAAGAACCGGAGUUACGUGUUUUCCUCCCUGGCUUCCGCCGCCGUGUCGUUUGCGACGGGCGCGUUUGGCAUUUGGAUCCCUCAGUACCUGGUCAGAGCCCAGGUGGUACAGAAGGUCAGAGAGAUCUGCACCAACCAGCCCUGUGACAGCAAAGACAGUCUGAUAUUCGGCGCUAUCACCUGUGUGACGGGAUUACUGGGCGUGGCCAUCGGCGCUGUGACCACUCGGCUCUGCCGUCAGAAGACGGAGCGGGCUGACCCACUGGUCUGUGCCGUUAGCAUGCUGGGAUCCGCCAUCUUCAUCUGCCUCAUCUUCGUCGUGGCAAAGAAGAGCAUCGUAGGAGCUUAUGUCUGUAUCUUCAUAGGAGAGACGCUGCUCUUUUUGAACUGGGCCAUUACCGCGGAUAUUUUAAUGUAUGUCGUCAUACCGACAAGGCGAGCUACUGCAGUUGCUGUCCAGGGCUUCACCUCGCAUUUACUAGGGGAUGCUGGGAGUCCAUAUCUCAUCGGCAAGAUUUCGGAUGCCCUCCAGCAGAGUUACACGACCUCCGUCCUCUGGCAGUUCCUGAGUCUGGGAUACGCCCUCAUGCUUUGCCCCUUUGUCAUCGUCCUCGGAGGAAUGUUCUUCCUCGCGACCGCCCUCUUCUUCCUUGAUGACCGGGACAAAGCAGAGUUGCAAAUAAAGCAGAUGUCUCGACCGCCCUCCACGGUUAAGGUCACUAAAUGAGAAUCAGACAGCGAUGGGAGGAACAGAGGCAUGGGCAGAGGAGUGAUGAGAGAGAGAGAGAGAGAGAGAGAGAGAACAGCUGAUUCAAUAGACACCCAUGCUUGGCCUACCAUCACAUCCAUCAUAAUCAUCACUAUCAUCAUCAUCCUCUCUCCCCCGCUGUUGUCAUUUCUUUUUAUUAUGUUUUUCUGUGGACGCUGUUCUGAACUGGAGCCAAUGAGCCAUCUCACCCUUCCAAUGUGCUGAUCCAAACAAACAAUGCCAGCCAAUCAGCUGCACAGGUGGGCGUCCCCUGGGUUGAGAUGUGCAGAGGGGAGGAGUCAAAGUGUCAGUCAAGGCCCAGAAGGGGUUUUUUGUUUUUUUUGGGGGGGAGGGGCAGAGGGUUUUUUGGACUCCUCCCCACCUCAGUGCCAUACUACUGAAAAAAAAGGAACGGACGCGGUCCCCGUCUUGUCUAUCACGCUGCCUGUCUAUUCUACAGUAUAUGCACCAAGUGCCAUAGCAUUACAUUUCUGCACGGGUCUGACACUGGCCACACCCACAGUCAACCGGAGUUCACUGAUAGGCCAAAAAACGUGUACAUAUGCUAAUGAAGGAAUCAGUGACCUCACAAUCACUCUUUUGAAACAGCAGUUUUAAUGUGUGAAGAGCCAGCCUUGUGUGUCAGGGCUGGUCCCUUUUGGUGUUUUUCUCUUUCUUCUUCUUGGUUUUUUUUUACAUUUUUUUAUUUUUUAAUUGUUUUUUAUUCACAAGCACUUACCUAUUUACACGAGUGCCAGUUAUGUCAUGCAGUACUGCACCA